UCAGGCGUUCUGAGUACUUGUCUUGCCCACUGCACCCCGGGGACUCUGUGUUCCUCCCAUGGCAUGCACAGUCUGCAGUAAUCUUGCACCACAUCAGCUUCUCUGUAAACCAGAGAUCUGCCGUGCCAUGCUUGAUGUUGUUGCUGAAGGCUGGGAAACACACAGAAGUCCUUGCACCAGUCUAUGGAAAAAGUGUCAUGGAGGUCUGCAUAUUCUUCCUUUGUGCUAUGAUAUCUGUCCCAGGUAUUGCUGCCAGUGUGCAUCAGGUGAAGGCAUUUCUCAAUCACACUGCAUACCUAUCCUGCUAUUUUCCAAACUCUCAGAAAAUUGACAUGAGGGACUUAAUAGUUUUUUGGCAAAAAGGCUCUCAUAGAGUGGUGCACGAAGUAUACUACGGGGAAGAAAAACGUGAUCACCUUAGUCCUGAGUAUAUAAAUCGCACCAAGGUGGAUAUGGACAAAUGGACCUUGCAAUUGUUAAAUGCAGGAAUUAAGGAUGAGGGACACUAUGAGUGUAUCAUCCAGCACAAAAAGGAGGGACCGCCAAAGGUCAUACACACAUCUGAGUGCUCACUGCACAUCACUGCCAACUAUAGUCAACCUGAGAUAGCACAACUGCACACUGGGGAACUAAAGCCCAUUGGAUACUUGAAUCUUUCCUGUUCAUCCAUUGGAGGUUAUCCAGAGCCCAAGGAGAUGACUUGGCUAAUUUCAUAUGAAAACACAACAUACAAGCAUAUGCCUCACAUGGACGUCUCACAGGAUGCUGUAACAAAGCUGUACAAUGUUACUAGCAAGCUGAAUAUCCCAGUUCCUACAAACAGCCUCACUAAUAUUAGCUGCUUGCUUCACCUCGGAGAGCAGCUGGGAAUCCUUGUCUCAGCGCCACUACAUAUUGAGAUACAGGAGAAAGAAGUGGAACAAGUAAAUAUAAAUUUCUCUGGCCCGCUUAUAGCUGUGGUUGUACUGGUCGCACUUCUUCUGGGUUUUGUGAUAUUGAAGAAGAACAGAAAUAUCUUGUCUACCAACCAGAGAGGGCCAUAAUGCUGAGACAGGGAAAGAUUUAAGCAAGACAUGUUUUCUGAUCUCACGAUUGACUACCAGAAGGUUUUCAGGAGAAUAUCUACAAUUAGACAAGAAAGUUGGUGAAAGUUGAGAAAGACUUGGAAAUGAAUGAGGUCUGAGAAAGUGUAAGGAGAAGAGUGAUACGCUGGACUGGCUUGCAACAGGAAGUGCACAUGCAUCAAGAGCAGAGCUGCUUCACAGACUCCAGGAAAGCUGGGAAAGGCUAGUCUCCAGACAGCAGACAUGCCACUAGCAAGGAGAGGUUCUGCACAGAAGUCCAGAAAUCCAGAGUACACUUACAGCUGUUGACGUGCCAUACCUCCUUACAUACUUCUGAUAUUUAUAGCAGAUAUGCAAGAUCAAAUUUUCCUGCACUUCCUGGUUUCUUGAUACUGACACAUGCAUAUUUUUUGUCCAUUACUUUUGUUAAUACAACUCUAAACCAAAGAAACUAAUGAGAAUCAUAAAAAUUAUCCCUAGCCACCCAUUUCUAAUAAGCAAUGCUUAUUAUUUCAGAAGGACAUAGACCUAGGAAAAAACAGAAAGAUGAGUUGAGGAUAGCUCAGACUGCAGUUACAUACCUACAUGCACAGUAUAUAUACACUGUGUAUAUUGCCUGCCCUCUUCUGAAACAUGCUUUUGAUUUAACUUGCACAGGUGUGAAAAUGAGACUAUGACACAGAAGCAAAGGAGAGAUCUUACUUCUUUACCUUGCACUGUUAAAUGCACUACUGUAUCCAGAACCAUAAGUCAUAUCUCAAAAAGAUGUUAAAAUACUAGAACUAGAAAAGAAGUGAUAAAAAGUGACUAAGGCUCUAGAAAGCAUGUUUACAAUGUGAAGUUUAUGGAGUUAAACCUAUACAGACAAUGAAGAAAAUGGAGAAAGGACCUGAUGAAUCUGUCUGGUAUUCCAACAGUUGAAUUGAUUAGAGAUCCUUCCUGCUGAGUGACUCACCCUGGGGAACCCAGAAUUGGACACAGAGGUGUGGCCUCAUCGAUGCUGAGUAGGGGGGAAGGAUCAUGUUCCUUGACCUGACGGCAACACUCCUCCUGAUGCAGUCCAGGAUACCAUUAGCACUCUGUCACUUAAGUUCAGUGCAGUGUCCACCAAGACCCCCAGGUCUAUUCCUGCAAAGCUGCUUUCUAGCUUGUCAGCUCCCAGCAUGCACUGAUGCAUGGAAAGGGGACAGAGAAGCUGAGUUAAGAGUCAGAGUAAUCAGGUUUCUUGAAUGUACAUGAAAGAUCCAGUAUAUACAUACAUAUAUGCCUACAUGUUUGUACUGUGGAAUAGAAGGGGACUGAUUUUACACAAUAUUAGAGGGAAAACAAAUUAUGAUACCUAGUAAGAGAUUCUAUGUGGAAAGAAAAGCCAAGAGAAACCCAAGGAGAGAAGAUGCUCAGUAUCAUAUUCCUUAUCACUAGAUAGCUUUUUAAAAGAAUUACCAGUGGCCACAGCUUUUAUUACUCAAGUUGCCAAUGGCAACAGAGCAUAUUGUGAGCGAGGUAGAAAUGAAGCUUUUCCUAACAGAUCAGGCACCCAGACACAGAGGACUUUAAAACUCUGAGAUCUUCUUUCUUCAGAGAUUUUUCUU